CUCACUAUUUGGAAGAAUUGAGAAAUCUGCAACCAAACUCCCCGCCCAAACUCAUCCAUGGAAAUCGGGACAUUCUAUAUGCACGUUCUUUCUACAUACACGUUCUAUGAUUCAAGAUCCCAUUACCCUUCAACUACUCCUUCACUAACCCUCUACUCUGUUGAACUUGCCCUUCUGUGCGAGAUUCGGUGGACCCACUCGUUCAAUCAAGAAGUAUUCAAAGAUUAAGUACAAUGUGGAAGUUUGUGUUUUUGGUGAUGAUGGUCCUUACAAGAACGAGGCCUGAAGAAGAUUCUAGAGGACCUACAAAUCAGUCGGUAGCAAUUGAAAGUGCAUCUGAUAUACCACGUUCAGCCCGUAGACGCAAGCGUAAUGCCACCACAACUACCGGUGAAUAUCAUAGAUAUUUGUUUCUUUACAUUUUAUAAAAUACUUUGUAAUUUACUUAUAACUAUGCCUAGCAAUCUUGACCAGCUGUUCCAAAUCUGGGUUGGUAUGAGUGGUUUUUCAAAGCUUUUGGGUUGGCUCUUUCGUACCGAACAGAUGUAGAUCAACCCCAAGUUGAUCCACCAAAAAGGCGUGGUCUAAAUCUCAAUCUUAGCGCUACAAAAGACUUUGAGAAUUUGCCUGACGGUUCCAAAAUUUCUUUAACAAUGGCUGGCGGUACGAAAGGAUUUGUUGGGCGUACAGCUACUCAGUUUGCAAAUGAGUGUGGGAUUGUAGUUCGUAGUGUAUGUCCAAUGAACUUUCACAAAUGGGAGUCCGUACCUUCUGAUAUAAAAAAUCUGAUGUAUGAAAAGUUACAAGGAAAAUUCAAUUUGUUGCGAACAGAUAGAGUUUUCAUGGGAUAUGUGGAUUUUCGACUACAUCAACAAUGGAAACGUACCAGAGGUGAGUUGAGUGCCCACUAGAAGAAUAAUGGAGGAAAAACCAAUCCUCGGUUGGCUAGAUCAAUGAUGAAAUCCAAUUGUCGGAGUCCGGAAGAUUGGAACCGUUUAUGCGAUUAUUGGGAGUUAGAAUCAACUCGGAGAUACAGUGAUCAAAUGGAAUGUAAUCGUGGAAAACAAGUUGUUACAAGUAGAGGAGGCUCUCGGUCAAUUUCCAAUCACGUAUACCGCAUGACAAAUCGCGAGACUCAAACGCAGCCUAGCCCCUUUGAAGUCUAUUACAAGUUGCAUUAUAAUGAUAAAAAAGGAUGGCAAAAUAAUGAGGCAGAAACUGAAUAUGCGAAUAUUAUUCAACAUAAAGAGGAGGCGGUGGCGAAGUUAAUUUCUAAUGGGACAACGAUAACUACUACCAUGGAUCACGAGCUCGAAAAGGAGGCAAUUGAAAGUGUAUGUGCCAAGAAAAAAACAACAAAAUCUGCAUGGAAGGUAGGCGUUGGACCGGUUUUCAGAAAAAAAGGUUUUUGGAUGACAUCGGAAGCUGGAUCGUCUCAACCAUCUUCAAGCGAGACGGAAGCACUUCGAAAUCAAGUGGGUUUACUAGAAGAGAAAUUGAAACAAAGCAAUGAGAACUCGCAAAAAAUGUUGAUGUUCAUGAGCUCAAAGUUUCCGGAUUUUGAGAGUUCAAUAUCCGCACAUGUGAGUGGUGGAGCAAAUGAUUUGGAUGGGUAACUCAAUGUUAAUGAUAGUUUGAUCUAGGAUGUGACUUAGUUUAACUUACUUUGUUGGUGUUUGUUUGAUUACUGUUUUGAAGUUUAGGAUUGAUCUACUAAGUAUUUUUACUUA